AUGGCGAUGGUCUCCUUAAACCUCGUCACCGGCCCAAAUCCAAAGCUGCUCCAGGUGAGUUGCAGAAAGAAAGAGAGGAGCAGAGAUAACUAUGACCCUUACAAAGUCAUCGAAAUUACGCCUCCGCCCAAGAACCUCGGCGUCCGUUGCUUCCCCUCUAACAUGCAAUGUGGGGAGAUUGUGACAAUUGAAAGCCAAACUUAUACAAUCUCGGCUGUAACUCAUAGGUACCAGCUUCGCAAGGGGAAGUACGAACCAAGCGAGAAGAGGCUCGAUGUCUUGUCGACAUCGAGAUAUGUCUUGAAUUUGUACUUGGAUAAUUUACUAGAACAAUCUUGAGUCCUUCUACUUUAAGUUAGUUCCACUUCCACACACACUGUUGAAAUAUUAUGAAUUGCUUGUGCAGUUCUUGUAUUUCCUUCUCAUUUCCCUUUGCCAACUUGCUGGUUCUCCAUGAUGUAUAGAGAAAGAAAAAUAAAAUAAAAAGGAGAGAGGGGUAUGUGUUCUAUGGCUC